UCUAUCAAUCUGAGCGCGAGUGCGAGCUUUCUCCUGUCGGGAUUCAUGGACGCAGCGGCGGGAAUCUCUUGACACCGUCUCGCGCACUUUAUCAUUAAUGAUCUGAUGAAGAGCUUCAUAUCAGAAUCACCUGCGCGCGUGAACAGGUGCUUCACCUUCAUGGCCUCUUCGGUUCAAGCGGUUCUGCUGUCUCUUCUUCUGGUUUCCCGCAUAACGCCGGGUUCGUCUCAAAAGCCUCUGUGGCCGCAACAGCACGUGCCGGUGGUUUGGCCCCAGCAGACCGAGGAACUGGCGGCGCCUCACUUCCUUCACCCCGCUCAGCUUCAGGUGAUGUCCUCCUGCGGUCCAGAGUGCCACCGACAAGCUCCGACACCCAGCUACAGGGACCUGCGGCAUUUCUUAUCCUACGAAACUCUGCAUUCCAGCGGUCAGCUGACCGAGACCGCAGUGGACAUUUACGGAUUCGACUCGAACGCCUUCAAGACUCCUGCCGGUCGCUCCCGCACCAAACGUCAGAUCUUCGGCCACGACAGUCGCUUCAGUAUUGUCGGCCACGACUUUCUGUUGAACUAUCCCUUCUCCGCAGCGGUUAAGCUGUCCACCGGCUGCUCCGGUACCUUAGUGGGUGAUCGGCACGUCCUCACGGCGGCACACUGCGUUCACGACGGCAAGAAUUACGUGAAAGGUGCCCAGAAGUUGAGAGUCGGAUUUCUGAAAGCACAACAAAAAGACUCACUAGGGAGAAACAACACAAACGCAGCAAAGAUGAAGUUUCAGUGGAUUCGAGUAAAACGCACACACGUACCGAAGGGAUGGAUUAAGGGCAACGCCAACGACAUCGGGAUGGAUUACGAUUAUUCUCUACUGGAACUGAAAAAGGCCCACAAACGCAGGCACAUGAAACUUGGCAUCAGCCCCUCGGCCAAGCAGCUCCCGGGAAAACGAGUGCAGUUCUCCGGCUUCGACAACGACCGUCCGGGUAACCUGGUUUACCGCUUCUGCCAGGCCGGAGACGAGACUUACGAUCUGCUUUACCAGCGCUGCGACGCUCAGCCAGGCGCCAGCGGGUCUGGGGUUUACGCCCGCAUGUGGAACCGCAGGCGACGCCGAUGGGAGCGUAAGGUCAUCGGUAUCUUCUCCGGACACCAGUGGGUGGACAUCGGAGGAGCUUCUCAAGAGUUUAACGUGGCAGUGCGCAUCACUCCUCUUAAAUACGCUCAGAUCUGCUACUGGAUCAAAGGAAACUAUGUGGACUGCAGAGAAGGUUGACCAGUUUUCUACAGGCAGAAAGAUUCCUUGAACUGUCCAACAGAUACACUUCUCAUCCACUAAUCAAACUUUUACAAAUACCUGUUUUAUCUUUAAAAACUUAUUUAGUCAAAACAAUAUAUUUUACUAAAAUAUCAAUGCUCUUCCAAACAAGAACCAGCUACACAAAAUCUUUUUUUAUGAAGGUUGAGCUGCACACACAUCAUCAGAAGAUUCUGCAAAUUGGCAGUGAGUUUUUGAGAUGCUUUUAUUUCAAUGCACUAAAGUUUAAACUGAAACCUGUCAAUCAAACUUCACUGUUGCGUGUGUGUGUGUCCCUCUAGUGGUCACAUGUGAUUUUACAGCCACAUCAGAUCAAGAUUUUUGUGUGGAUAUGUAGACUGCAGGUAUGUUCAGCUAAUGCCAAUAAUAAUUCACAUACUGUGCUAUACACAAAACAAUAAAAGAAAAACAAACACUUUUA